AUGCAAGCCAACCCCCUAAUGGGCAGCUGUCCUGCCCCAGAUGUGCCCAAAGCUUCCCAGGCAGACCGGAGGGGUCCUGCUCAUGUCCGUGUCAGCUGGGUUGGGGAGCUGGGCCCCGGGGUUUCUGCCCAUGCUGGGGUCUCCUUCACCCACCCCCCACACCUCUGCUCACUGCCGCCUUCCCACCUUAGCAUCAUCAGCUGGUUCAUGCGAACCUUCAAGUACAUCUACGGCCUCCGCUUCGAGGUGCAGGGCCGGCCGAAGCUGGAGGUGGACAAGCCCUGUGUCAUCAUCUCCAACCACCAGAGCAUCCUGGACAUGAUGGGCCUCAUGGAGAUCCUCCCCAAGCGCUGUGUGCAGAUCGCCAAGCGGGAGCUGCUCUUCACGGGGCCCGUGGGCCUCAUCAUGUACCUGGGGGGCGUCUUCUUCAUCAACCGGCAGCGCUCCAGCACCGCCGUGACCGUCAUGGCCAACCUGGGCGAGCGGAUGGUGCGGGAGAAUCUCAAAGUGUGGAUCUAUCCCGAGGGCACACGUAAUGACAACGGGGACCUGCUGCCUUUUAAGAAAGGCGCCUUCUAUCUGGCCAUCCAGACCCAGGUGCCCAUCAUCCCCGUGGUGUACUCUUCUCUCUCCUCCUUCUACAACUGCAAGACGAAGCUCUUCACCUCAGGGACAAUCAGGGUGCAGGUGCUGGAUGCCAUCCCCACCGGCGGCCUCACUGUGGCUGACGUGCCCAAGCUCAUGGACACCUGCCACCAGGCCAUGAGGAGCACCUUCUUCCGCAUAUCCAAGAUGCCCCAGGAGAACGGGGCCACCACGGGGCCUGGUGUCCAGCCAGUCCAGUAGCCCAGGCCAUGGGGGUGAGGGGCAGGACCCGGGUGAGAGCAGGCAGGAGGCAGAAGGCUAGAGAAUGAACACAGGGACACCCCCUGCCACCCCGGCUGCCCAAUAUCACUGUGCCCAGCUGCCCGGCUCCCCUGGCUUGCAUUUAGGCCCUGGAUGCAGGAAGCCCCUAAUGUCACCACUCUCAGAUCCAGACCCCUAAUGCCCCUGGACCUGCCCCAGGCUCGGAGCACAGGGGCUUGCCCACCGUCGUCCCUCCAGUGUCUGGGGUGAUGGAAGAACAGACCGUGGUCCGCAGUGGGCUGAGCCAAAGAGCCUUGGGACAGGCCAGGGGCUGAGGCCCACGCGCCUGCCCUGGCUGUGCUCCCCGGUCUGGCUGCUGAGGGCCUGCUGUGGUGCAGAGUCAGGCUCGGGUCUGGGUCACGCCUGCAUCGGCUCUCAGGGAGAGGAGAGGGCACCAGGAAGAGAGUGCCAGGACCCCCAGCCUCACGAAGCCUGGACCACAGGGAGCCAGAAAGUGGGGUCUGCCACUCCCACCGCCCUGAGGACCGUCUGCGGAGUUAGUGCUGCACUCGGCUGUUAUUUUUUAUAAACAAACUCUUGGAGGUGC